CAAUAAUCGAUAAGGACGGUAUGAGACUCGCUGCGCUGCGCUUCGUGCCGCAGCAGAUCUGCGCUGGGUUCCUCCCGCGUUGCGGCCGUACUGUACGGGUCAUGCUCCAGCCUUCAGUUUGUUGGUUGUUUUCAGAGCUCAACCAAGCGGGCCAUCUAUAGCUCAUUUGCGAUAACGCACGCCGCGUCGGUAUAACGAAUUGACCGGACACUGCCCCCUCUGCAUAGUUUUGAAACCCAUGUUGAUCUCAAGGCAGCGCAAACAAUGGAACCCCAUUGUAGGUUAGCGUUGCGCUGAUUGCUGGUGCAUCUUUUCGAGGCUGUGAUGAAAGUCGAUGAGAGAUGUCUAUAAGAUACUUGAGGGAACACAGGGGAUGAAACAACGACUCAAACAUUCCUCAACACCCACUAUCUGCUAGAGUCGAACGAGCGACCUGCCCUUUUCACUUCAUCAUCGCAACUCGAACAAGUCUUGGUCCCGGCAAUUCAUCACCAUGGUCGCGCCCACCCGUCCUGCAAAGAAUGGCUUCAAUGCCUGGGCCCGCAAGGUCUACAACCCACUCGGCUUCAGCAAAGCCUAUAACUUCGUCCUAUACUUCAUCUUCGCUGGCGCACUCUUCGGCUUCGCGCUAGCACGCUUCAUGUACAUCAACUUCAGUGGACACUUUUGCCCCGAAAAUCCCCAAGGAGGAAACUCUGCUGCGCCUGGAGAGUGCUACUAUUACCAAACGUUUACCCGCGAUAAGGUCGGAAUCAUUCUUCAUCUCGCUGGCAUCAUGCCUGCCAGCCUUCUCGUCUGUGUGCAGUUCACACCGUUCAUCCGUCAUAAGUGGAUUCUCAUUCACCGUAUAUCGGGAUACCUAGCUGUCCUGCUAUACGUUGUGAGCCUUGUCGGUGCCCUCAUGAUUGCCCAUAUGGCAUUUGGUGGGGGCAUAGAUAUACAAGUCUGGAUCGGCUUUGUGGGCAUCGGUGUGCUCGUCUGCUUCGUCUUGUCUAUCAUCAAUGUCAAGAGGUUACAAAUCGAGCAACAUCGUGCUUGGAUGCUCAGGGGCUGGUUCUACGCUGGCUCGAUUAUCACAAACCGAUUCAUUAUGAUCAUCGCAGCGCUGAUCUUAUCGGGCAAAGGUCACCACGUUGUUUGGCCCUGUGCGAAGAUUGCUUUCGCGAUUGGUGAUGACAAUGACAACUUCUUGUCUGAAUACCCUGCUUGUGCAUCAUAUGCAGAUGGCAGCAAUCCCGACCAGGUGUCCGCAGUUCUUGCGGAUAUGGACGGUACCUCUGCUGCUAAUGCAGGCGCAGCACUGGGCUUGAAUUUUGGUAUGGCGCUGUGGCUUGCAUUCUCGUUACAUGCGAUUGGUGUUGAGGUUUAUCUGCAUCUCACCCCAAGAGAGGCUGAGCGCUUGCGACAAGUCAGUUACACACGACAACUCGAAGCUGGAAUGCGCAAUCCCGGCUCUGCUGGGCUGACAGCUGACCGACUCGGCGACUCAGAACCAUGGAUGUCUGACGAUCAAAAGACGGACCACGAUACUGUGGAGAUGAAGGCUGGGGGCAGCGCAGCAACAGAAUGAUUUGAUUAUAGCAUACCAUUUAACAGUAAUAAUGAUAU